CGACAAGUACACGUACGAAUUGCUCCUUGUCUUUCUACUAUGAGUGACUCGAUACGGCACACUAGUGCAUUGCUCCUCGUCGGCGCGGUUCAAGCAAACUCUCUUAAUGCUGCGAACCGGGAAGCUUGCGACACGUGUGGAGCCGUCUUUACAACAAGCAUGGACAAUGUUCCUACCAAUAGACAGUCCCACCUCCUCAGAUCGAAUCUCUUGGUAUGUAAAUCGAUCAAAACGAUCCCUUCUACACACGCCCCACCCAUCCUCUCAGCUCUCACAAACUCACCACGCACAGCAUCGAAGCCACAACAGCCGUAAAGGAGUUGUGUGCGUAUGGAUGCAGGUACAUCCGGGCUGCAGGGGUUGCACUGCACGUUGCUGAAGCGUGCCUGGCAUGGUUUGGAUGUUGCGCUAUCGAAUUGUACCACAGAACGUCAUGACUGCAAUGGAAGACAGGAAUGCGCCCCAGUGUUGCUGACGGGCCACACGGAUGCAAGUGUAAGCUAGAGCUCGAAAGGGCUAG